GUCCCCGCCCGGCAGCAGGGGAAGCGGCAACAGGUCCCCGCGGGCACCCCGGGCCUCGCUCGCGCGCCUCCAGCGCCGGCGCUUUCCGGGCCCGCCGCGCCCCGGGUGCUGGCCGGCGCGCGGGGCAGCGGGGCCGCUCCUCCGGAAGCCGUCCCGGGGGUCCCCGAAGCGGCUCAUAAAUCAUUCAUGAGCCGAACCGAGUGGGGCGAACGCCGCUGCAAGGAAGGGCGGGCAGGGACGGGGGCCGAAACGGGAGCUGGACCCGGCGCACGGGAUGGUGCCUUGAGCCACGGACCAGACCCGGACCCACAGAAGGCUCUCCGACGCCUCUCGCUGCAUGCCAACCCGGCCAGGAAAGGGAGUGGACUCCACAUACCCACCCAGCGCUUGUCGCCGAGCCUCUUCAGCGCGGGAACGCACGCUUGUGUCUCACCCAAGGCUUUCAGAACCUCUGAGGCCGGAGGCGCCCAGCUCUACCUCAUGCGCGGGGGACCUUGCUAGCCAUGGCCCUCGUCCUCGGCUUCCUGCUGCUGCUGGAGCUGUGCUGGGAUACCUCUGCCCUGGGGCUGCUGUCAUCCACAGAGGGUUCUGAUGUGUUGGAGUUUGAAUUGCCUGCCACGAACUAUGAGACCAAAGACACUUACAAAGCUGGGCCCAUUGGCGUUCUCUUUCAGAUGGUGCACGUCUUCCUUGGCGUGGUGCAGCCCAAUGCUUUCCCUGAAGAUAUUUUAAGAAAAAUUCUACAAAAGAAGUUUGACUUCUCAACUGAGUAUGAGAAGCCAGAAAAUGUAGUCUUGACUCUGAAGAUUAUCUACUAUGAAAUCGGGAUUAUCAUUUGUGCUGUCCUGGGACUGCUCUUCAUUUUUCUGAUGCCUCUGGUGGGGUUUUGCUUUGGUGUGUGCCGUUGCUGUAACAAGUGUGGUGGAGAAAUGCAUCAGCGACAGAAGAAAAAUGGGACCUUCCUGAGGAAAUACUUUACAAUCACCCUCCUGGUGAUUUGCAUAUUCAUAAGCGUGGGUAUCAUCUAUGGCUUUGUGGCAAACCACCACCUGAGGACCCAGAUCGAAAAGACUCGGAAACUGGCAGACAGCAAUUUCAAAGACUUGAGAACCCUCCUGAACGGAACGCCAGCGCAAAUCAACUAUGUACUGAGCCAGUACGCAGCCACGAAGAAAAAGGCAUUCUCAGAUCUGGAUAAUAUUAAGUCAUUGCUGGGAGGCGGAAUUCACGAACAGCUAAGACCUAAAGUGAUGCCCGUGCUUGAUAACAUCAAGGCCAUGGCCGAAGCAAUCAAAGAGACCAAAGAAGCCUUGGUGAACUUGAACAACACCUUGAAGGAGCUGAAGGAGUCAACUUCACGACUUAACACCAGCCUCAGUGAUGUGAGAAGGAACGUGGAGCAAUCGCUUGGUGACCCCAUGUGCGCUGUGCCGCCAGUGGCCACCACUUGCAACAACAUCCGAGUAUCUCUCGGCCAGCUGGAUGACAAUACCGACUUGGGUCAGCUCCCAUCUUUGGAUCAGCAAAUUGAUAAUAUUAAUGAUGUUCUUCGAACAGAUUUGUCCAGCCUGGUCCAAGAGGGCUAUAAAUCCUUCAACGAUAUUCCUGAGAUGGUGCAAAAUCAAACCACAAACAUCAUAUCAGAUAUCAAAAGGACCUUGAAUUCCGUUGGUUCAGAUAUUGAAAACAUAGGCCAACAGAUUCCGAUUCAGGAUAAGCUGUCCAAUUUCAUGGGUUACAUUAAUGACACUGAAACUUACAUCCACCGAAAUUUACCCACGUUGGAGGAGUAUGAUUCGUACAGGUGGCUGGGUGGCCUGGUUGUCUGCUGUGUGCUGACCCUCGUGGUGGUGUUUUAUUACCUGGGCUUGAUGUGUGGCACGUGUGGCUAUGACCGGCACGCCACCCCGACCAGACGAGGCUGUGUCUCGAACACCGGGGGCGUCUUCCUCAUGGUUGGGGUUGGAGUCAGCUUCCUCUUUUGUUGGGUACUGAUGACCAUCGUGGUUCUCACGUUCGUCGUCGGGGGAAACGUGGAGAAACUGGUCUGCGAGCCUUACCAAAACAGGAGGCUCUUCCAGAUUUUGGACACACCAUAUUUACUAAAUGAGAAUUGGAAAUACUAUCUCUCUGGCAUGGUGUUUAACAACCCGGAUAUUAAUCUCACUUUUGAACAAGUUUACAGCGACUGCAAAGAAAAUAAGGGCAUCUACACCACACUUAAGCUAGAGAACAGCUACAAUAUCAGUGAGCGUCUCAACAUUCAGGAGCAUGCUGAAAACAUAAACAAUGAAUUUCAAAAUCUGAAUGUCAGCGUUGGCAAUAUCGUGCUGCUGGACGAAGCAGGAAGAAGAAACCUUAUGGAUUUCAACUCUUCGGGGGUGGACGCCAUAGACUAUAAUGUCUACUUGGCUGAGAUGGGUAAAGCUCCCACCAAAGUGAAUCUCUUAUCCUUUGCAAAUGAUCUAGAAGCAAAAGCCGACCAUUUGCCCCAAGGAAGUUUGAAACAGUCCCUGAAAAGUAACGCACAAGCUCUUAGAACGAUUCACCGAGACCAAGUCGUUCCUUUGGAACAGUCAAUGAGCACUACCCACCAAAGCGUCAGGGAACUUCAGCACAAAAGCGGUGGACUGGGGACGAAAGUGGUCCAUGUCAUUUCCUCUCUGGAUUCUGCCCAGGACUUCCUCAAAACCCGCAUCUCCUCAGUUAUCGUGGAGGAAAGUAAGAAGUAUGGGAACACGGUAAUAGGGUACUUCGAACGCUAUCUGCAGUGGGUCAAGGUGUCCAUUACUGAGCAAAUUGCAGCCUGCAAACCCGUGGCCACCGCUUUAGACUCCGCCGUGGAUGUCUUUCUAUGUAGCUACAUUAUCGACCCCAUGAAUUUGUUUUGGUUUGGCAUAGGGAAAGCGACCAUAUUUUUACUCCCAGCCAUCAUUUUCGCUGUGAAGCUGGCCAAGUACUAUCGUCGAAUGGACUCAGAGGACGUGUACGAUGAUAUUUUAUAGUGCUGAAACUGUAUCGCCAAAAAGUAAGCCUUUUCUUUUUUAAACCAUAUUCAUCAUAUGGGAUUGGGGAGGUCAUCAUUAUUAAUAUAUGAUGGGCUUAUAAAAUAAAAGGAAUAACAUCUUAAAAUUACAUAAUGACAUUAGAUAUGCCCAGAUAAAAAUCAGUGCUGAUGUCUCUUAAAAUGAAGGCUGGCACGGACAAGGUACUGAAGAAAAACUUGUUGAGUUAAUGAAUUUUAUACGUUCUGUUUAUUUAUCUAUAAAAUGGUUGUUUCAGUACUUGGUUUUAAAGGGAGCAGAAUGUGAAUAUACCUUUCCACCUUUUCUGUAGACUUCACAAAUUGUUGUAUACUUUUUUCAUGACCAUUCCAUUGCCUUUGUAACCCAUGAUGUAAAUACUUCAUCUUAGAGAUAACCUGGUGUUUUUGGUGUAUUUAUUUUUGUUACAGUAUGGAAAAUGGUAAUAUUGGUUUUCAUAGACAUCAUUCCACUCAGACUGUAUGAACAAAGUUUUUACACAGACCCAGCGGCUUGAGAUCUUGACCUACAGCACCUCCAAAUACUGGAAAAGAAGCCCUUCCCUCCCGGAGUUUACGGAGUUCAGUGAUUUUAUGUGCAACAUGCACUGAUGGGCCAAAGAGUGAAAAGCGUGUACAUUUUUUUUUUAAAUCUCUAGAAGUUUUGCUUUAAUCAUCUGAGCCUUCGAUUAAAGUUUCAAUCUGUAAUACAUUCGCUGAAUUUCCAGUUUAGCUCUGGGAACAAGACAUGAGUUGUGUCCCAUUUCCUUGUUUGGGAACCUAGACUUGUAGAGAACAUUCAGCAAUUCGCAGAUGUGUGUGUGCGAACAAUAAAAGAAUGA